CUAUACCAAACUCAAAAGCUUUCACCUGCAACAAGAGCGACGGUCACAGACGACGAUCAUGAGGCUGCUCACACACAACAUGUUAUCUUCCAACAUCAAGGGCGUAACCAACGGUUUCCCUCUCCGAAUCGAAGCGGAGAAAGUAAUCGAAAAAGAAGUCGAUUUCAAUCCCGAUUUUCUCAAGAACAUGUUCGCCAAAAUCGAGUGGAAAGCUCUGGUGGACGCGGCUAAACUUACCGGAUACGCUGAGUUGCCGGAGGAAGCGGAGUCCGGCAUGCUUGAAUCGGAGGAGUUUAUGAGGAGGUUUCAUCACGCGCUUUUGGAGAUUGAUAUUGAAGAAGGAGCUUUGAUUUGCCCGGAAACCGGUCGGAAGUUUCCGGUGAGUAAAGGAAUUCCUAAUAUGCUUCUUCACGAAGAUGAGGUUUGAGUUUUUGUUGCUGUGAUUAGGGUUUCGUUUUGGAUUAAGCAGAUUUGGGGGGUUUUGGCAUUGAGUUUUAAAAUUUUGUGUAUUUUAAGUGUAAACUUAUUAGAUUAUGGGCAUGAAAUUUAUUUACUGAUUUAUUUGCAA